CGUAUUGUAAUCUUUUCUCAGUCCAACGUGGUUUCUUCUCAGAGACUGCUUCACAUUUUCUACACUUGUUUGUUUUAUGAGAAGUUGGCCAGAGUGAUGAACUCAGACCAGGAAAGGCCAUUCGUGUGCAACGCUCCUGGCUGUUCUCAGCGUUUCCCCACGGAGGACCAUUUGAUGAUACAUCGACACAAGCAUGAGAUGACCCUUAAGUUCCCUUCCAUAAAGAACGACAACAUGUUAUCAGACCAGACACCCACGCCAACACGUUUCUUGAAGAACUGUGAGGAGGUGGGAUUGUUCAGUGAACUGGACUGUUCCAUUGAACAGGAGUUUUGCAAGGCCCAGGAAGAAGAAGACAGUAAACAGAACAUCUCACUGCACGGCCAGGCAGGCCAAGGCCAGCACCAGCAGUCCCACUCACGGAUGGGCAACCAUGAUACCAGCAUAGUGAUCCAGCAGGCCCUGCCCUCUCAGUCCAGCUCCGUCAUCACUCAGGCUCCAUCCACAAAUAGACAGAUAGGGCCUGUCCCUGGGUCUCUGUCCUCACUGCUGCACCUACGAAACAGACAGAGACAGCCUCUGCCAGCCUCCAUGCCUGGAACACUGCCAGACCCAACCAUGCCUGGCUCCUCCGCUGUGCUGAUGCCCAUGGAGAGACAAAUGUCCAUGGGCUCCAAUAUGAUGGGUAUGCAAGGACCCGCCCACAGCAGCUCCUGCUCUUCCACUCACAUUCCCUCCAUGCACUCAGAAGCCAAACUGAGGCUGAAGGCUGCACUUUCACACCACCCUGGUGCCAUCGCCAACGGAAACAUGAACUCCAUGGGCCACAUGAUGGAGAUGAUGUCAUCGCGGCAGGAGCAAGGCGCUCACCAUCACAUGCACUCACACCCGCACCAGCACCUGCAAGCGCCUCCCCACGCAUACCAGCACCACGGCCAUCACCACCACAACCAGGGCCACGGCCAGGCCGGACACCACCACCCGCAGGGACACAACCCCCAUCACAACUCCCACAAUCCCCACCUCCAUCCCGGUCACCCACACCAGACCUCACCGCACCCUCCAAUGCACUCUGCUUCACAGAUGUCACCUGCAACCCAGCAGAUGCAGCCCACACAGACGCUGCAGUCUCCGCCCCCCAGUGGCGGCCGGCGUAGGCGAGUAGUGGACGAGGAUCCGGACGAACGUCGGCGGAAGUUUCUGGAGCGGAACAGGGCAGCAGCAACAAGAUGCAGACAGAAGAGAAAAGUGUGGGUGAUGUCGUUAGAGAAGAAAGCAGAAGAGCUCACUCAGACCAACAUGCAACUUCAGAAUGAAGUGACCAUGCUAAAGAACGAGGUGACCCAACUCAAGCAGCUCCUCCUCACACACAAGGACUGUCCCAUCACCACUAUGCAGAAAGAGUCCCAAGGUUACCUCAGUCCAGAGAGCAGUCCAGCAGGAAGUCCAGUGCCAGCGUGUUCGCAGCAGCAGGUCAUUCAGCACAACACCAUCACCACCUCCACUACGACUGUAGGGGGCAGCAGUGUGCACGGGCAAGCCAACCACCGCACAGACAUUAACCCCAUCCACUAGGGACAAGAGAGACUAUAACCCCGGCUGUAGCCCCGAACUGCCCCCUUGCUCCCCUGCUUUCAGAGGGUCACCGGCUGCACAUGCUGCCCACCCUCUCCCUCCAUCAAGAAAAACCUCAAAGGCCUGUGAGGCUGUUCUUUAUACAGUAGCUACAGUAUGUAUUUUUAUAGACCAACCCUAUUAACGCAUAAAUGUUCUAUGGUUUGUUGCCUCUUUUUUAAUCUGCUUUUUUGUGCUUAGCAGAAAGGGAGGUUUGCUAAUCUCAUGCAGCAUUUAAGUGACUUUUUCCGUUGUGUAAUGGUACAAAAUGGACCACAGUGGUCAAGGAACCAGAGGAAAGAGACAUAAGCCACAGACUGUCAUCUCUAUAAGCAGAGCUUACAUCUCUGUAUGCCUAAUGGACUGAAUAAUGAGUCAAAUCAUGUCUCUGUGUCACAUGUGGGCAGUAUGUUGAGUGUAUGUGUAGCAUGUGUAAUCAUACAGAAGACUAAUAAGUGAGUGGGAUGUUGCUGCCUUUAAGUUGUCUUCUGAAACCAAGUCAAAAUGUCGCCAUGAUGUCCUGAAGACAGGAAUAUGCAAGCAGGUGUAAUGAUCCUUUUCUUUUCUAGAAAUGUAUAUGACUGUUAACCUUUUCCCUGUCAGAGGUAUUCUCAAAGAGUGUUAUGAUAUACAGCAUGACAGCGAAAGUACCGUACGAUCAAAUAGAAGCAAUACAUCAGAGUAUUGAUCAUCUUCUCUACUGUAUGUCCACAUUAUGAUCAGCAUGGCCAAGCCACUCUGGUCCCGACGACAUACGGUGCUGUUACAGCUACAGAACUGUACACUGUGAUACCAGUGAGGCAGCUCGGGAGUUGAAACAAACUCCUCCGCUCUCCAGGACCAACUGAAGCUUUAAUUAUUGAGGCCUCUUUUUGUGUGUGUUUGUGCAUCUGGAUCCACAUUUUGGAUUCAAAUUCCAUAUGAAUAUAACUUUUGAUUGCGUACGUCUGCAUAGUUUUGAGUGUGCAUGUGAAUUAUGUAUAUUAUGUGCUUGUAUUUUGCCUUCUUUCCCUGCAGAACAAAGUUCAGUGGGUGUGUAAGAAAAAACAAAACAAAAAGAGAGUGAGAAAGUGACUGAGCAUGAUUUUUUUUUUUCAUCCCACAACUGACAGUGUUUUACCGUUUCUAAAGGGGAGUAGUUUAUGCCUGUGCUUUCCAAGAUGUCACAAUGUGCCUGAGGUUUUCUACUGUGGGCAACAAAACCUCUUUUGAUCACCAUAAUUAUCAUUACUCUUUCUUCAUUACAAUCAAGGCUUUUAUCAUUAUUUUCUUUGUUAUUUGCUUUGUCGUAGAUGUUUGCUGCACGUUUCUGCAGGGCAAAACCAGGAGAAAAAUAAUCCAUUAUCCGUUUGACCUCUGACCUCUUCAUCAAUUUCUCUUCCUCUCUCAGGCCUCCUUUGUAUUUCAGAUGGGCGAUGGAUGUACUGAUAAUGAUACAGGCUUGACCUUUUCUAUCUCCCUGCUAGCCUUGAAACUUAAUGCCUUCUCAUGUUGACCACGACUCCUCUUUCUUUCCUCUUUCCUCUAUGACCAGGAAUGUUGAUUCAUUAGCAUGAUGACCAUAAUGCACUGUGUUUUACAGUAGGAUGGAUGAAAUACAUUCCACUGACAGGUGGAGUGAUCGCAGAGCUGUCUAUGCACUUUGUCCUCUGUCAUGCCAGAGGGUAGAAUAGCCAUAUUAAGGUCCAAGUAAUUCUCAGUGAUCCCCCUUUUUCACACACCAGCGAGAAACUUAUCUGUGUUUGGCUUUAUGGAGAGACUGUGCCUGGCAUGCAUAACAUGUCUAUAGAUAGAAGAAGGGAACCUAGAGCUUGUAUUGUUGAAUGAGGCUCAGUUAAGGACCCUGUACCAUUUACUUUGUGCCCUUUUUAUUCUGGAGGAAAAAACAAAUCUCCAGCUCCAAUUUUGUCAAAGAUUAAGGAUGUGAAUUGAAAAAUGCUUUUUAUUCUCACAAUGGGUUUACAUUCAAGUUUUAUUGAUACAUUCGGACUGUUUAUGCCACGUCUUAACCGUGGAGUCUGUGUGUGCAGUAGAGUAUGUGUGUUGAUGAGACGGAGAAAAAAGCGAUUCUCUUGGAAAGGGCUUUGUUGUACCAACCCUUUGAACUGAAGCUUGCCUUAUCUUUGGUUGUUUUAUAAAGCAUAUAUCGAUUAUUAGACCAUUCCAAAUUAACCUCUUGCAUGUGAAAAUAUGGUUAUGACCUCAAAACACUUUCAACUGGAAUCAUUCGGAGGAUGUUGCUGUUGUAGGGUCUCUAUUUUCAUUUUUGACAGCUGAUCCAGGUUCAGAAAAAGACAUUUGUUACUGUAGAGGCAGACAAAAAGGACAGAUGGAAGUGCAGUGUGAGUGUGUCUGUGUGGGUUUGUGUGAGAGGUGGCGAACAAUUACCACACAUUAAUUAUAACUGUAUUAUUUUAAAUCUAAAACUAUAAAUAUUGUACAUAAUGUCAUUCAUUUCUGUAAUCCUGUACAUGUAAUGCAACCACCUUUCUUUUUGAAGGGAGUAGAUGUGUGGUACAUGUUUGUAAAUAAUGUUUGCAUAGCACUUGUUGCCUUUUGUUGUAUGUCGAGGCUCAUUCCAGCGCUUAAAUAAAUUGUUUAUAUGUAAUGAACUGAUGAAUCCAUUCUUACCUGCAUAACUUUGUACAUUUUUGUGUCUGUAAUGACAUUGUCUCCAUUUUGUUUUGUUUUGCAUUUGUACAGAUGUUAAAGUUGUCACUGCAGUUACAUUACGGUAUGAAAAUAAAGCACUUGUUCUGUAACAUACAACUACCUGAUGUGAUUUCACAGCAGUCUCUUCCUGUGUUGAUAAGCGGUGAGCAAAAAUGAGCCAAGAGACAUGAAAUAUUAAACUAAUGUUCAAAUCAAACGAUCGUCAGCAUUUUCCGAUGCUUGUCCUUGAGACAUAACUGCUCAUUAAAUAGUUAGAUGCUUUAAAGGUUUAGAAUACUCAUUAAUUAUUGAACCGUCUAGACAGCUUGAUAGUUGCCUGAUGAAAUAACAUG